ACCAGGUGCCUCAUAUAAGGACGUUGAGCUCAGGCCAGAGAAUCAGAACACUACCUGACUAGAGCUAAAUGCACAGCCUGCUCCUAUUUUGCUGAAGCCAAAGACACACAGAGUCUAAGACUGAAGAUGGUGAGCACCAGAUUCUUUACUGUGGCCCUGCUGGUCAUUUUCACCCUCAACAGCUUCCUUCCUCAGACAGAGUCAGUAAGCUGCUGCCUGUCAUAUACCAAGAGAAAUAUUCACUGCCAAAAGCUGAAGGGCUACACCAUCCAGACAUACAAGGGCAUCUGUGACAUGGAUGCGAUCAUCUUCCACACGAAAGCGGGCAAAUUCAUCUGUGCUGAUCCAUCAAAAGAGCAGACACAGGGGACAAUCCAGUGCCUUAAUGCAAGAGCCAAGAGUUUGUUUUGAGGAACAUUCCGGACCUUCAGUCAUACAACACAAUGGCAAUGAAGCAAUUUAAUAAGACAAGCUAUUUUAAUUGUUUCAUUUCUGUGUUUUCUUUCAAGAGAAAGAGAUUUCUAAUGUUUAAACAUUUUUGAAUUGUAUCUUUUACCUAAAUCUGCUUAUGGUAUCUUAUGCUGAACUUUUCAUCAGUUCGUUUCUGAUCUGUUUUAUAAACAGAAGUAGUGUAGUAUGCCAUCUGAGAUACUAUGUUGGCAUAUUUGAAAGAUGGGUUAAAUUAAAAUAUUUUUAAUGUUUUUAAAGGGUAUCACAAAUUAU